AGCUGAUCGAUGGGGUCCGGACAUCCUUGCUCCGCCGUGGAGACGCUUCUCUUCUUCUUCUUCUUCCUCCUCCUCCUCCUCCUGCCGCCGCAGUUCCUGCUGCUUACCGCGACUCCCCAAGAUGUGGAUGAAUGUGCACAAGGAAUUGAUGAUUGCCACCCAGAUGCAAUUUGUCAGAAUACUUUGAAAUUGUAUAAGUGCACAUGUAAGCCAGGAUACAGUGGAGAAGGAAAAACAUGUGAAGAUAUUGAUGAAUGUGAUAAUGAAUUCAAUGGAGGUUGUGUCCAUGAAUGUUUCAACAUUCCAGGCAAUUAUCGCUGUAUAUGCUACGAUGGCUUCAUGUUGGCUCAGGAUGGUCAUAACUGUCUUGAUAUGGAUGAAUGCUUGGUCAAUAACGGAGGCUGUCAACAUGCUUGUAUCAACACAGUGGGUAGCUAUGAAUGUCGUUGCAAUGAAGGAUUCUUUCUCAGUGAUAAUCAGCACACCUGCAUUCAUCGUUCAGAAGAAGGUGUGAGCUGCAUGAAUAAGGAUCAUGGUUGUGCCCAUAUCUGCAAAGAAGCGCCAAAAGGAGGAGUGGACUGCGAAUGCAGACCUGGAUUUGAACUGGCCAGGAACCAAAGAGACUGCAUUUUGACGUGCAAUCAUGGAAAUGGAGGCUGCCAGCACAGUUGUGAAGAUGCAGAAGACGGGCCUGUCUGUGGAUGUCAUCCAGAGUACACAGUGCAUACCAAUGGAAAAACUUGUAUUGAAAGAGUAGAAGCAACUACAGAAAUCUCUGAGAACAAUGUUACGGCAGGAGCUGAUGCAGACAAGCGAGUGAAGCGGCGACUGCUUAUGGAAACUUGUGCAGUAAAUAAUGGUGGCUGUGAUCGUACUUGUAAAGACACUUCAACAGGCGUCCACUGCAGUUGUCCUAUUGGCUUUACUCUUCAGAUUGAUGGGAAGACAUGUAAAGACAUUGAUGAAUGCCAGGCCAGUAAUGGGGGAUGCGAUCAUUUUUGUAGAAACACAAUUGGUAGUUUUGAUUGCAGCUGCAAAAAAGGUUUUAAAUUAUUAACUGAUGAAAAAUUGUGUCAAGACAUUGAUGAAUGUUCUUUUGAAAGGACAUGUGACCAUUUGUGCAUCAAUCAUCCAGGCACUUUUGAAUGUAUUUGCAAUGAAGGAUACAUUCUUUUUGGCUUCACACAUUGUGGCGAUAUCAAUGAAUGUAGCAUGAACAAUGGAGGCUGCCAGCAUAUCUGCAUAAAUACACUGGGUAGUUAUCAGUGCCACUGUAAUGCCGGGUAUAAAUUACACUGGAACAAAAAGGACUGUGUGGAAAGGCCCUUGUCUGAUGUCCUUUCCCCCAAAAUAUCUCUGCGCUGCAUUAAGACUAGUGGAAAUGAUAGAUGCUUUUUAAUCUGCCCCUCAGAUGUCCAUUUUACUUCUGGCCUGGAAGAUUCCUAUACUAUAAAAUGUGGCAACCCUUUAUCACUUAAGAAAAAAAUUCAAAAUCCAAAUGAAUCACCUACUUUAGAUCUCUCUAUCAUCAGGACAACUGUAACUUUUAAAUUUAAUCAAGGAAAAUGUAACUUGAAAAAGAGUAAGAUGUUUCAGGAUGCUCUUCACCAUGUAAUAUCAGAGAAACAUAAUUCAGUAAUGGAGAACUUCUACUAUGUAAACCUAACAUGCAGUUCUGGCAAGAAAAUUGUUGGAGACCUCGGCAGUAUGAAGGCAGCUAGAGAAAUGUUUAUAUCUGCAGACUUUGAGCUUGAAACAGACCAAAAGGAGGUGGCAGAUACAUGUAAUUUGAACUGUGCACGUAAAAGGACUGAGAAAAGGCUACGUAAAGCUAUCAGAACUUUGCGGAAAGUCAUCAACAAAGAGCAGUUCCAUAUUCGCCUCUCUGGUAUAGAUCAUGGAGUGGCCCGAAAGCCUCCCAGAGCAGUAGAUACCCAGGAUCCCUGCAGCCUAGGUCAAAAGUACAUGGAUAACAAAUGUGCUAGCUGCAGUGUUGGAACAUAUUUUGAUGGGGAACAAGAAAAAUGUAUUUUAUGUCCUAAUGGAACUUAUCAAGACAAUGAAGGUCAAAUUGUCUGUGAACCUUGUCCAAAUCUUCAACGUUCUGGGGACUCAAAAGCAAUUGGUGCUCGCAGUAUAUCUGAAUGUGGAGGACAGUGUUCCCCAGGUGAAUAUUCAGCCGAUGGACUUAAGCCCUGCCUUUCAUGCCCUUCUGGGUCAUACCAGCCUGAACCAGGUCGAACAUCUUGUUUUACAUGUGGAGGAGGUCUGAUGACAAAAAUUACCAGUGCAACCAUGUUUCAAGAUUGUGAGACUAAAGUGCAGUGCUCACCUGGACACUUUUAUAAUACAACUACGCAUCGUUGUAUCCGCUGCCCAAAUGGAACAUAUCAACCUGAGUUUGGACAAAAGUACUGUAUUUCUUGUCCUGGAAACACAACGACUGAUUAUGAUGGAUCCACAAACAUAUUGCAUUGCAAAGAUAGAUAUUGUGGGGGUGAGCUUGGAGAGUUUACUGGAUACAUUGAGUCCCCAAACUAUCCUGGAAAUUAUCCUGCAAAUACUGAGUGUACUUGGACUAUAAAUCCACCUCCUAAGCGCCGCAUUUUGAUUGUGGUUCCAGAAAUAUUUUUACCAAUAGAAGAUGAAUGUGGAGACUACUUGGUGAUGAGAAAAAGUUCUUCCUCCAAUUCUGUGACCACGUAUGAAACCUGCCAAACCUAUGAACGCCCUAUAGCUUUCACUUCCAGGUCCAAAAAGCUGUGGAUCCAGUUCAAAUCAAAUGAAGGAAAUAGUGCGAAAGGAUUCCAAGUCCCUUAUGUAACCUAUGAUGAGGAUUAUCAAGAGCUAAUAGAAGAUAUAGUCAGAGAUGGUAGACUUUAUGCAUCAGAAAAUCACCAAGAGAUCCUUAAGGAUAAGAAGCUGAUAAAGGCGUUGUUUGAUGUCUUGGCCCACCCACAGAAUUACUUUAAAUAUACAGCACAGGAAUCUAGGGAAAUGUUUCCAAGAUCCUUCAUUCGACUGCUGCGUUCUAAGGUCUCCAGAUUUUUGAGACCUUACAAAUAAUGUAUGUUACAUUUUUAAAAAACUUUUAACUGUACAGGCUUGUUUUAUAUUCUUUUUAUAGGGCAGUCUGGAGGAAACUGAUGUGCCAAUUGUAUACAACAUGUAUAUUUUAAAUUAAAAAUAUAAUUAUUUCAUUCCAUUGGGUUUUUUUUUCUUUUUUCUCAUUAUCUACUGGUGACUGUCUAUUUUAGAAAAGUUGCCCAAUUGUCUCGGAAGGGAUGCAAGGGUGACUCAUCAUGAUUAACAUGGAUAUUCUUGAAAAGCAACUUUUGAAAUUUCAUGAUGGCAGCAGUUUAAAAGAGUGGAUCCAUCAUUUUGGAAAUGUCCAAUGAAUUCACUUUGGAAUUUCAGAGAUGAAGGAGAAGACACAAGCUUAAAUGGUGCUGUGAUAUGAGAAAGGAAUGGUUUUCAAAGUAUGAUUUCAAAAUAAACCAAAGAACAAUAUGAGUCUUCUGCUUUUUCAUUAAAAAAGAAAUAGUACAGUAGACUUUCAAGUGGAUUUUAAAGUGAAAACGACAGUAAUUUUUUUGUAUAGAAUCCUUUAUUUCUCAAGAUUCUGGUGGCCAAUUCAACAUUUAUCAUUUAUUUGAGUUAUCCUGGAGGAAAAGUGAAUAUUUAUGUUCUCAGAUAUUCCAAUGUAAAGUGAAUAAAAACUAUGUGUCAGGGAUGGGGAAAAUUAUAAUUCUCUUACUCAUGUA